AUGCAUUUAGAAAAUGUUACUUCUCCCAAUGAGACUACGUUGCAGAAACUUAUCUCAGGCUCUCCAGUUCUGGAAGAUUUAAAACUUAUAAGAUGUUCGUAUCAGAAGGCAAUACAAGUUCGCUCUCAUACGCUAAAGAGAAUCGACAUUGAUGAGAGAACUAAAGUUGUGAUUGAUGCACCUUUACUCCAGUGUCUGUUGACUGAGAUGUUCUUAACAAAAAACUAUCAGAUCGUCAAUUCAGGUUUCCCUGCCAAACUAGAUAUUGAUAUGCGAUCAAUGCACCUCUACCCCAGACCCAAUGAAGGCGUGAUUCGGGAUAUCCUCACCGAUAUUUCGAGGGUCAGGGAUCUAGUUAUUAGUAGGAAUACUUGGAAGGUAUUCUUUCUAUACUCGGAAUCGAGACCAGUGCAUCAGUUUCGUAACCUAUCCCGCUUGAAUGUUAGAUUUUAUAUAUUUGAUCUUGAAAUGCUGCCAACCCUUCUUGAGAGCUGCACAAAACUAGAAUCUCUCACUUUGGAAAUUUUGAAGGACCCAUCCAUGCAUCACGAGGAGAAGAGAGAACCAAGUGUGAUGUUUGCAGCAGUGCCUCGUUGUUUGGUAUCAUCGCUCAAGUUCGUCGAAUUGAAAUGUUCAACCCCAAUGUAUGAAGGAGAAAUGGAGCUAGUAAGAUACUUCCUGAAGAAUUCAACAAUGCUGCAGAAAUUAAGGCUCAAUGUUUACUACACCAAAGAGGCAAAGUGUGCUUUCCUUACAGAACUCGUUGCAAUGCCAAGAUGCUCUAGCACAUGUGAAGUCCUUGUUCUUUAA